AUGUCGCAACACCAAGCCCUCCAACAGAUGCGCCUCGCCCGCCGCCAAAACGACCUACAACUCAUCAGCAGACUAGGCCCUCUCCACGCGAAUCUCGAAGAAUACUACAGCGCCAUCCCGCUCCCCGACGGACACAAUGCAGAAAUCAAAGUCAUCCGACCCAAGGAAACCUCUCCUCCAUCUGCAGCACGCCCACUCAUCGUGCUAUUCCAUGGCGGCGGCUUCAGCGCCGGAAACGUCGAGUACAUGACACGGCCAGGCCGGGAAUUCGCAAUCGAGUUCGGCGCCGUGGUCGUCAGCGCCACGUAUCGGCUGGCGCCCGAACAUAAAUUCCCUGUCCCGAUGCAAGACGCGUGGGACACCCUGGUGUACCUCGCGGGGAAUGCAGCGCAAUUUGGUGCGGAACCCACGGCCGGGUUCAUCGUCGGCGGCGUUUCUGCAGGCGGGACCAUGGCGGCGGUGGUGACGCAGCUUGCGCGCGAUCGCAACCUGCAGCCGCCGUUGACGGGGUCGUUUGUGUCGAUUCCUCUGUUGUUGGUCAAGGAUAUUGUGCCGGCGCAGUAUAAGAAGAUGUGGAGGUCGAUGGAUGAGAAUAAGAAUAAUCCGACGCUGAGCCGAGAUACGAUCAAGAAUAUCAUUCGCACGCUCGCGCCGGAUGUCAAGUCGCCGUUAUUUUCGCCAUUCAAUAGUCGGACGCCACAUUAUGGGCUGCCGCCGACCUAUAUCCAUGUGGGUGGGUUGGAUGUUUUGCGAGAUGACGGGAUUAUCUUUGAGAAGGCGCUCAGGGAGAAUGGUGUGAAGACCAAGAUUGAUGUUUAUCCGGAUCUGGGUCAUGCUGCUUGGACGAUUUACUCGGUUGGGUCGAGUGGGCAGUUGGGUCCUAAUACAAUGAAUGGCAUGAAGUGGUUAUUGAACAGAGGGACCAUCUAG